AGUAGGUACAAUAGGUAGGUACUUGAGAUAGGUUACCUAGCCACUUAGAGUAGGUACAUGCCUACAUGGUAAAUUGGUUAGGGCAUAUCUGGCCCGAGCUCCUCUGUAGCGUAUGCAGGUGAUGACAUGCGGACGAGAGGUUGUUCCUUUGAAGCUAUCACGACCCAAAGAGCUAGAGUUGGGAUGAUCUUUUUGUACGUUUGCUACGUUUGACCAGCUAUGGCUCUGCGCUACACGAAAUGAGUUUUUCUUUUAUACUAUGAGCUGACCAAGUGGCUAAAGCCAAGAAUAAUACCGAAGAACGCUGCCUCUUCGCACUGCACCUCGCGCCUCCCUGUCCAUGUACAGGCAGCUUCACCAAUACCGCCGAUCAGGAACGCGAUCGCUGCAUUAUUCAGGUCUCGGAAGAUAUGGCGGAAUUUCAAGAUAGCCAGGUCGGCCCGGCCUUGGUGGCAUUCUCCUUGAAUGGAAUAUUUCCUGAAGAGGGUAUUUCCUCAAGGCACAUACAAGUCAACGAUCUCGCUUUCGCAUUACAAUCUCUAGCUGCCGCCAAAUCGAACCUUGAGACUGAGAUUCACAUGAUCAACGAGGAAACUGCCUCGGACGUGGACCAGUGGGUUGCGAAUGCGAAGUCCCUAGAAGACGACAUCAACCGAACGCGCAAUUGGGCGAACGAGAUCGUGCGACGGUCCGAGGCACCUGAUGUGUCCGGAAAGGCAAUACAGGAAGCUGUCAACAAAGUCGAUUUUCUUGGACAGGAGUCUGCGUACAAUAACCAGCUCUACAAUACUUUGACCCGUAUCAAACGUGUUAGCCAACUGCUAGACCAAGUCGAGUCGGCACGGGAUGAAAGGCGCAUUCUACAAGCGCUCCAUCUACUCGAGCAAUCGUGGGUUGCUCUUGACGGAAUUUCUAUCAGUAAAUCAUGUCGGGUCAUGAAACUCCUAGAUAUCCGAGCAUUUGAGCUCAAGUCUUCAGUCCAUGAAGUUCUCGAUCAUAUUUGGAAUUCGCUUGUACAAAUAGACGCUUCCACUAGUCGAGUAGCUAUCUUCGACUCACGGCAAGAUGAGCAAUUAAGUCUUGCCGACGCAGUUAUCGGUCUCAAAGCGUACAAAGAAGUUGACAAAAGGAUGUUAGUGUUCUGGAAAGACUUGGACAGGGUUUUGCUAGGCCCAAGGACUGUUCUCCGGCGUGGAGAUGUGCCCACCAUCAUUGUGGAGAAUUCCGCUUUACGAUUGACUGGCACAGCAGAAAGGACGGUGCUAUCUCUUUUCCAAGAUUUAGAAACUGUUCUAGAGUAUCUCUCGCAGCGAUUAGCAAAAGAGCUGGUCUCUUCGCUGUCAAGCUGUAUGAUGCCCGAUCUCUUGCCUCGUAUUAUUACUUCAUGGCUAGAACCUGCGGUCCCAGCCUCCCUGAAAGAAAUGGGUGAAUUCCAUGAGGUUAUUGAUGCCACCGAAGCUUUCUACAACCGCGUUGAAACUCUUGGUUUUUCGAGGCUUGAAGAGCUACAGGAAUGGGUACAGACUGUGCCGCGGGUAUGGCUUGCUAAGUGCAGGGAGACAGCUCUAGAAUCGAUACGUAUAAAGCUCACGCAAGGGCUGGGUGACUCGAAAGAAAUUGAACGAAUAGAAACGCAGACUGUAUCUCAAGAGGAAGGGCAAAGACUUGAUCCUAACAAGAGCGUCCCUGCCAAUAGCGAUGGAUGGGAUGCAGCAUGGGAUGACCAUGACGAUGCUACGAGAAAUGAAAAUCAGCCAAAAGAAGCCAAGAAUGAUGAUGAUGGGGUCGAUGACGGUGCUGAUGCAUGGGGCUGGGGUGACGAAGGGGACGAUAAAGAGACAAACAUCACAAUUGCUGAUACAAACACUAAACAGACUGAUUCAACAGAAGAUGAUGAUUCCACGGCAGCAUGGGGCUGGGGAGAUGAAGACGAGGCAGCUGACGCACCUAGAAGUGACAGUGCCGCAGUUCCUUCAAUCCAAGAGCUAACACUCAAAGAAACAUAUCAUAUCUCGUCUAUGCCAGAACCUGUUAUUUCGCUCAUAUUAGCUAUAUUAGAGGAUGGGGCCUAUUUAGUCAGCAAUGAUGGAAAUCCCAUGGCCACUGCUGCCGCUGGCUUGUUUUCUCUUCCAACACUGGUAUUGGCUAUGUUUAGAGCAGUCUCUCCGCAUUAUUAUGCUUUAGAUGCUGGCGGUAAUAUGUUUCUCUAUAAUGAUGCGACAUAUCUGGCCGAAAGACUCUCUGAAAUUGUCAAGAACUGGAAAGUUAGGGAUGACUUAGUACCUCGAGCGAAGUCUAUGUUACGAUUAGAGAACGAUGUGAAGUCUCUGCAGCUGUUCGCAACUCGCGCAUAUUCUUCUGAGAUGACAACUCGCCGUACCAUCUUGCGCGAUCUGCUUGGGGGAUCUCAAACCUUACUACAACAAGAGGAACUGGGCUCUUCGAAUCUGCAAUCUCAAGUUGAUAAUGCUGCAACUUAUGUACGCUCAACUGCCGCAUCUUGGUCUAAGAUCCUAGCCAAAUCGGCUUGGAGCCAGGCAGUGGGCUCUUUGGUGGAUACUAUUGCUUCCAAGAUCAUUGCCGACGUCAUGGAUCUUGCUGGAAUUGGUCAAGACGAUGCUUACAAUAUCGCUAACCUGAUUGCGCGAGUCACGGAGUUAGAUGAUCUAUUCCUCCCUCCUAAUGCUGGCAAGGAUGAUAUACCAUCUACUUCACAAUAUGCUAGCAAUUGGUUGAGACUCAAAUAUCUGAGUGAAGUAUUGCAGAGUAACCUUCAAGACGUCAAGUUUUUAUGGUUGGAGAGCGAACUUAGUCUCUACUUCACAGUUGACGAAGUGGUAGAACUAAUUGGGCUCAGCUUCGUGGAUAAUGCACGAACUAGGGAGGUUGUCCGUGAGAUUCAGGGGCGACCGCGUCCUCGUGCCUCUUAGCAAUGUCAAAGUUACCGAACAUUGAAUGUACAAAGUUGAUGUUGGUGGUAAAUGCUAUAACGUACACAUAUUCUUUUGUGUUGAUAUAUCUCGACUAGGAAAUGUGUUGUACCAUCGCCUGGUACGUGGCCUCCUGGUAUUUGUCGAAGUUCACAGAUAGCGCAACUCUGUAGAAAAAAAAACAUAUUGCUUUCUGACUAUGAAACCACAUCAAAUGCGGCUGCUCCCAAAGCUCACCCAUCCAUUGUUGCACCAUAUUGUCCAUCGCUAUGUGGGAAUCA